UCCGCCUUGGAUCCCCGCAGAACUUCGCUGUCGUUCCGGAAGGGGAAAAGAGCUGCGCCCGAGUAGGACUCUGCGCCCGCCCGGGAAAGAGGCGCGUCCCGCUCCUGCUGCUGGCCGCCCUCCUGCCGAUUCCUGAUCCUGCGGCUGCACUUUGCUUUUGCCAGAUUUACAACAUGAGUUAUCCAGGAUAUCCACCUGCAAGCGGAUAUCCACCUGCGGGUGGUUAUCCACCAGCUAGCGGAUAUCCACCUGCUGCUCCAGGCAGUAAUCCCUGGGGUGCCCCCAGCUACCCUCCUGCAAACCCUCCUCCAAUUGGAUUAGAAAAUGUUGGGAACUACGCUAAUCAGUUUAAUCCGGAUUAUAUGGCAGGCAUGGCUUCCAAUAUGUCUGGAACGUUUGGUGGUGCCAAUGUGCCACAGGGAAUGUAUCCUCCGGCUCCUGGGGGCUACCCUUCUGCAGCUCCAGGAGGGUUCGGACAACCACCACCACAGGGUCAGCAGCCUUAUGGGAUGUACCCUCCACCUCCCGGAGGAAACCCCCCAACAGGGAUGCCAUCAUAUCCAUCAUACCCAGGUGGUCCGAUGCCACCUGCAGCGGCCCAGCAGCCUCAACCAGUGCCGUAUCCUGGGCAGCAGCCCAUGCCAAGUUAUCCAUCCGUUCCAGCUGUUAAUCCUUCGAUGCCAUCCUACCCAGGUUCUCCCAUGCCUACCGUCAUCCCUGGAGUAUCUGGAAAGCGAGGCACAAUCCAUGACGCUCCAUCCUUUGAUCCUUUGAGGGACGCAGAAGUGUUGAGGAAAGCCAUGAAAGGCUUUGGAACUGAUGAACAGGCCAUCAUCGACUGCCUUGGAAGUCGCUCGAACAAGCAACGACAGCAGAUAAUACUCUCAUUCAAAACAGCUUAUGGGAAGGAUUUGAUCAAGGACCUGAAGUCAGAGCUCUCCGGAAACUUUGAGAAAACCAUUUUGGCAAUGUUGAAAGCGCCUGUCCUCUUUGAUGUCACGGAAAUCCAAGAAGCUAUCAAGGGUGCUGGCACAGACGAAGCCUGCUUGAUAGAGAUCCUGGCAUCUCGCGAUAACAAUCACAUUCAGGAAAUCAGCCGAACAUACAAGACGGUAUUUAAGAAAACUCUGGAAGAAGCCAUUAGAAAUGACACAUCUGGCCAUUUCCAGAGACUUUUAAUUUCACUCUCUCAGGGCAACCGAGAUGAAGGCACUAAUGUGGACAUGUCCCUUGUCCAGAGUGAUGUUCAGGCUCUCUAUGCAGCGGGAGAAAAUCGACUCGGGACAGACGAAUCCAAGUUCAAUGCGAUUUUGUGCACAAGAAACCGAAAUCACCUAAAAGCUGGUAAGUUGCUCAGUCACUUAAGUCAUGCAACAAGUCAAGGUAACAUCCAGAGUUGGAUGGGGUUCAACAUUUUACCAUUUUAAAAUAGGCAAUAUUUU